UAGAGGUCAACCAAGGGUCAAUGCAUGUUUACAUCUGUGAUACAGUGGCUGGAGAAUACUACUAUAUAGUGUCUACUGUAAACUAGCUGACUGACAGGUGCCCUCAUCACAACUGGCAUUGAUUACUUCAGGGGGAAAAAAAAACAUGAAAAUCAGUACUAUGUAUAUGGGCUGUGGCCACUGCAAGACAGUCAGCCACUGUGAAUAACAGGUAGCACCAUCUAUUGUACUCGGCGACUAAUAACAACGUACUAAGGGCAGGUGCUCCUGCCAAUUAUCAUGGCUCACUACAAUUGAUUGAAAUGCCACGUGGAUUUUUCUGUACGAUUUCACCAUUGUGUUGUGCAGUACAAUGUCUUCAGGGCAUUAAUUGCUGACAGUCUUUUAGACGAUUAGCCGUUAGUGUACACAGACAGUACUCUGUUAGUACUGAAGCUGAUGCUGAAGAAGGAGGAGGGUGAUGAACAUUCAAGGUCCUUGUGUACAUACAUACAUGCCGAUGCUGUGAUCUAGGAAUAUCCUGAUGUACACGCGGUAGCAUUAACGCAUCUGGUGUGAAUAUUAACUAACUACCACUGCUGGUGUGACCUGUCACCAACUGAACUCUCUAGAUAUAAUAUAUAAGGGAGAAGGAAUAUGUUUAGAUCCCCAGCAUAGCAUCUGCUGUAGCUGUACGUACAGGACGUGUGUCACUGUCAGAGCUCACUUAUACAACCCACCAGCAAACAUGUUCAAUCUAUUCAUGUCUACUAUGUUCCUGAACACUCUGACGCCCAAAUUCUACGUGGCGCUAACAGGAACUUCCUCAUUGAUAUCAGGAUUGAUAUUGAUAUUUGAAUGGUGGUACUUCAAAAAGUAUGGGACGUCCUUUAUCGAGCAGGUGUCACUGAACCAUAUAUCUCCGCUGCUGGGCGGUGGGACAGAGGGUGCCAGCAACGACAACAACAACACAAACAACGUCAACAACACUGGCAACAACACCACACACCAACAGACAGUACCUGAAUGCAAGGUGUGGAGAAAUCCAUUAAAUCUGUUUCGUGGUUCUGAGUAUCAGCGGUACACAUGGGCAAAGGGCAAGGACCCACUUACCUACUACGAUAUGAAUCUGUCUGCUCAGGACCAUCAAACUUUCUUCACUUGUGAGGCAGAUGCUGGCAAACCUGAGUAUGAAGUGAUGCAGAGAGCUUGGCGAGAAAGGAAUCCACAGUCAAGGAUAAAGGCUGCUAAAGACGCAGCAGAGAAAAACCCAGAGUGUCCUACAGCAAUUAUACUCCUGGCAGAAGAGGACACAAGCACAAUAGCAGAUGCAGAGAAAAUGUUCAAACAAGCAUAUAAAGCUGCGGAAGUGAACUACAGAAAAUCUCAACAAACACAACAUCAGAGUUCACAACACGAGUCCACGCAUCGGCGGGACACAAAUGUGAUAGUAUAUAUAAAAAGAAGACUAGCUAUGUGUGCCAGAAAGCUUGGUCGAACAAGAGAAGCGGUCAAGAUGAUGAGAGAGCUUAUGAAAGAAUUUCCCAUGUUGAAUUUAUUCAACAUCCAUGAGAAUCUGAUAGAUGCGUUACUAGAGCUACAGGCCUAUGCAGAUGUUCAGGCUGUAUUAGCAAAAUAUGAUGAUAUCAGUUUACCAAAGUCAGCCACUAUAUGUUACACAGCAGCACUACUAAAAGCCAGGGCAGUAGCUGACAAGUUCACUGAUGCUUCUGUCAUUCACAGGUUUUCACCAGAUAUAGCGUCCAAAAGAGGCCUAAGUACAGCUGAAAUGACAGCUGUGGAGGCCAUACACAGAGCUGUAGAGUUCAAUCCCCAUGUACCUAAGUAUUUACUAGAGAUGAAGAGCCUGAUUUUACCUCCAGAACAUAUCCUCAAGCGGGGAGACAGUGAAGCUAUAGCCUACGCCUUUUUCCACCUCCAACACUGGAAACGAGUUGAGGGUGCCAUAAAUCUCUUACACUGCACAUGGGAAGGCACAUUUAGAAUGAUUCCCUAUCCACUGGAGAAGGGCCAUCUGUUUUAUCCCUACCCCACAUGUACAGAAAGUGCAGACAGAGAACUUCUUCCUCCUUAUCAUGAAGUGUCUGUAUAUCCGAAGAAGGAGCUUCCCUUUUUCAUCCUCUUCACAGCUGGUCUCUGCUCCUUUACUGCUCUCCUGGCUCUUCUUACACAUCAGUACCCAGAACCCAUGGGUGUCAUCGCAAAAACAGUGCUGAACUGGCUUUACAUGCCGAUUAGUUACAUUCUAGAGAAGCUGGAAGCCAUCUUACCUUCCAACUUAUUACAUCAACUGUCUCGUAUUUGACUAGGCCGAUCGUCAACGUCACAAUGACCAGUCAGCACGGUCACACUCCGUCUAGUGAUACGACAAGUGUGUCUUACCAGGAACACUGGACAUUGAUGGACUGCACUGUAAAACAAAAGUUUUCCUUUUUUAUGGACGGUGAUGAAUAGGAGUGAAUUAGGAAAUCUCAAUAAUAAUGCGCCAAAUAUUUUCAAUGUCUUCAAACCAUGAAAGGAUCAGAAACCAAGGCAGAAAUUGAAAACAGUUUUGGACACAACAGCAUUCCUCUACAAAAAUGUUCUACUUAAGCUAAGUGCAUGUUAGAAACACUAUCUAAUGACAAAACAUAUCUCAUAUAAACAGUUCAAACAAGUGACAUAUGGUAAAAACUAAAGUACUCACCUUACAAACAAUAGCAGAUUCUUAAGACAGCAGUUUAUACAAUUGUACCAGCUUUUCAAUCCAAAGAAGUAACCAUGUCUGAAUGCUUUUUACAAUGAUAGCAGAAGGUCAUGAUCGGGGAAGGGAAGUAACUCUGGUUGGAAUAGAUAUUUUAUGUUAUAGAUGUUCAAUUGUGAAAAGAAUUGGAGAACAAAUAUAUAUUUAGAGGCUCAUUUUCCAACGAAUUCUAGCCAACAUAAGUGAUAAGGGUUUUGAAGUGUCAUUUACAUUUUGGAAUACAAAAUCUCAAAAUACUUUUUUUUUAAGGUUAUGAAUUCAAUACAUCAAUUAUCCUCUAUAAAGCUUAAUAUUAUCAGUAAUUUGUCAACUGUUAUUGGUAAUUUUGCUGUUACUAAUACAAAAAAUGAUUGUGAAAAAUAUUUUGAAUGUUUACAUUUAAACAAUAAGAUUUUUUAACCAAAACAAAAUCAAGCUAUUAUACAUGUUGCUCAUCAAUUGUACAUUGACGGUGAAGAUAUACUGAAAACUUAUAAUUAUAAAUAUUAAUGCCUGUGGCAGCUUGUUAAAAUAUAUCUGUCCUCUCUCCAUUCCAUCUGACAAUCCUCAACUAUAAAGAAGAAAGGCCUGUUGUCUUGUCCUCAUUCAACUGAAAAUUAAGUUUACAUACACAUCCUCAUAUUAUAUUUUCCACUUAUGUUAUAUAAGUAGGUACAUAUCUAUAUUUACGCAGUGGAAAGCUGUUUUAACUUUCAGGGUAUUGAUUUUCCAUGUUAUAUGGAUUUGAAGUAGAAAGCUUGAAUUUAUGUAUUUUAUACCAAAACUUGUUUAUGAUUACACCCAGGGUAAACAAAUGUGUUCAUUAUACACAACAAUUGUAAGGGGAAAAUCCUGAGAAAUGAUUUUUUGUGUUUUUUGUUUUUGUUUUUUCAUUUAACAAAAAUGAUUUUAUUUACAGGAAGCCUUUUGUUUAUUUUUACCUUAGAGAUCUCUUGAUAUAUAUAUCCUUCUACUGCCUGUGAAUGUUAUAUUAAACAUGACUUGCUUCCCUUCAUCCUUUUGUGUGAGUGAAAGUUUCGAGGUGUUGUUAUCUGUACUAAGGUCGACUCCUACUUGAUCUGUGUACUACUGGUAACAGGUGCAGACUAUUUGCCUAUCGAUCUGUAUCGGCUUUCGCCCACAAUAACCUGUCAUCAGCUCAUCAUUUACUCUGAACCCCGGGGAUCUAAUCAUAUUUUUGAGCCCCUAACAACUUUAUGAUAAAUCACAUGACAUUGCCACACACAAUGAUCUGUAUAGUAUUGACCUAUUAGGAGUUGACUGAUACCCUAGAAAUGCCUGACCUGAUAACUCUUAUAGCUUAAGUAUCACCUCUCUAGAGAGGAGGUAAUUAAACGGUAGUGCAUUACUCCCCAGGGGCAGAUAACUCUAUGCCAAACACCACACCUGGUCCCUGAGGGUUUAACGAGAGAGCUAGGAAGGCUUUAGUAUGUGUAUGUCUGAUAGGAUAUGGGGACCAUGCCAAAUUCUUGUCUUAGGCACACAAGUUUGUGAGAAAGAUGUUGGACAAUUAUGUAUCUCUGAACAUGAAAUUAUUUUAAUCGUAUUUUCACUUGCGCAGAAAAAUGAUUCAUAGAUAAAAAAAAAAGAAAAAAAGUUGGAUGUAAAAAUCCUUUAUUUGUUCUGAUAUUAAAUAAUUUAUAAGUGAAGGUGAAAAAACUAGAAUUUUGGCGACUUUGACCUGAUUUGAUAAAGCUUUGUCACUCAUAACAUCCCCCGGAUUAAAACUGGAGAUUAAAAUUCAGAUUUCAUAAUUAGCCAACAUCUUAAGUAUAAAAUCUAGGAUUUAUGAUAUUGUCAUACAUGUCAAAAGUAAUAUCAAUUCUCUUCUGGUGUUUUUGUUUGAAAUAUGUGACAGAACAUGGAUUAGGAAUUCUGUAGACUGCUUGGGUGAAUGGCUUGAUCUGUUUACCUUAAUUAGUGUCACUGUAACUGUCUAGAUCCUUACCUGUAAUUUUACCUGGCCGAGGCAGGUAACCUGUGGGCAGAUUAGUGGCGAGACAGGAAUUUUAUUUUUGUUUAUGUCCAGGUUGAUUGGCAUGCUAUGAGAAGGAGUGUUUUAUUUGUUGUAAGAACAUGGAUUAAGGGUGAAACUGAUUUAAUUGAAAUUUUCCUAUCUAACCGUCUCAACUUUUAUGUCAACAGAGUAGCGACAAACCCACGCACAAGUUACCUAGCUUGUAUCUCGCUGAAGUAUAAUUUCUAAAAUAUAUUUUGAGUAAAUUGUACAUGACCAUUUAAGACAUAAACGACAGCUCUAUAUACUUAUAAGGUAACUCAGAUUAAUGCAGACUUUCAACACUAUACUAAGCAUUGUAUUGUUUUUGUACUCAUCGACAAGUUGUGUCAUUUAGGGCCAAUGUUUUAGGAAUAACCCCGAAGUAAAAUAUUAAAAUACAAAUAUAUACAACUAUACACAAUUCUACAAUUCUUAGAGUCAUUUGACAAGCAUCUGAUAACCAUACAGUAUUGAUCAAUUCCUCAAAUACGGGUAGUUAACGUUUUGUGUGUAUUUGAUAAUUCUACAAAUGAAAUGAAUAGGUUACCGGGUAAGUUUGUAUUUUUGUUCAUAUACAACAAAUUGUACUUGUAUUAAGGAAUGCUAUUAAGGAUACAUACAUACUUAUAUACUGGGGUAGCUGCCUUGGUUUCUGAUACAUGACAUGAUUAUAUUAUACGUUAAAAUGAGCCAUGACAUUAAGUGAGAUUAUCAUCUCUCUGUGUUUAAUAUUCUAUGACACUGAAGAGGUGUAGCACAGAUGUGCUUCAGUAAAAUAUUGUAUGAAAUAUGAA